AGCUGAGCCAUCUCUCAUAGCCACAUCUGCCUCCGACUCGGGUGAUAUGGAACAUGCAAGUCACUGCACAUGCAAACGGUCGAAGAAGAAAUCCCUUCGCCGCCCCAUAGUGUCUCCUCAAGCCGUUGAUAUUGGUAUUCAAAAUGGUAACCUACAAAGUACCCCAUCACCCCCUUCAUCUUCCCCAUCCAUACAAGACCCAGCUUCAUGGUCUUGGGCAUUGAUAGCCCCGAAACAAGAAACAGAUCAUGCAACCAGUAGCGCAAAGGACUUAGUAGCUCCUUUACCUCCCAUCGACAAUAACAACGACUAUUCUUUUGUCUUUCACAAAUCAAUUGAGCCCAAGAAACCGCAUCCACGUAGAAGAUCUUCGCUAUCCCGACGACCGUCUCCCAUAAGCAUCAUUGGCCCACAUAAUCUGAUUCGAGUUCCCUCCAGCGAUUCUUCCGUCAAAUCCGAACCUGCCGUCGUGCUCGGCACCGACGCUUUCAAUAUAUACUCGGCCUCUACCUCAAAUGAAACUCUGCUGCAGAGCCACCUGUCAUCACCCCUUCCGCAUACGUCCGAGCCCAUUUUCUCCGAUUUACAGAGCAAGGCGGUUGAAUCGCUCGACUUUUCACUGAAUGACUUGCCAGACGACCUUGCUAUGCUAAUAGACGGCGAUCAGGCUGAACAAAAUGCAUGCCUUCCAACCGAUGAAAGCGACGAUAUUACCCAUAUUCCAAUAUCUUCUGCUUCAUCUAUUUCAGGCGAAUUCACUGAAGACCUUGCGAAUUCAUUCACAUUUGAGAGUGCAGCGGAGUUGAUGGCCAUUUUUGAGAAUGAUCUAUCGAAACACCAGCAAAAGCAAAAGCAAGUACUGUCCAUUCAGCAGCGUCGGUCAAAUCAAAGUUGUUGCGGUUCCUUUGCUCCAUCAAGUGCCUGUUGUGGCGACUUAUCUUUACCUGGUGAAUCUGUAUGUAUCACUAUUACUCCCAUGCAUGGUCAAUCGCAGCCUCAACGUCCUAGCAAUCGUAUCGUAACAUGUCGUUGCGGAUCGUCGUGCUCUUGUACUGGAUGCUUAGUGCAUGCUGGUUCCAAUUGGAUAUUAGAUCCCUACGCCGGUAUUCCAUCGUCGAGCUGUUCAUCUGAUGAAGAGGAUCAUCUUAUGUUGGAUGAAGAAAUCGUCAACUCCUCACUGCCAUGGCUGCCAAAUGAUACUCUGUAAAUAACUCCAUUUCCUUGUUCCCCUCUCCGUUCCUUGAUUUUUUUUUUUUUUUUCCUUUUGUUAUAUGGUGUAGUUCAACCUGUGUACUUUUACUUGUGUUUCUGCUCUUUCUUCUCCUCCACUACUAUCUCAAAAGGCGAAAAUAUAUACUUCACACUGUCAGCAGUGUUUUAUUCAAAAAAUGGCCUUUUUAAGUAACAUAAUAUAGCAAAGAAGGCAAGGGGAAUCCUAUGGACUAGAUAAUAUUGAUAAUGUCCAAUGCUUAGUUUGCAGACACAGUCUUCAAAUAUUCACGGCGGAUCUCGAUAUCGUCUGCAAGAGGGCCUGGAGGGGGAUAUGG